AACUUGUCUUUGUAAAGAUAAUUAUGAUUGGCUUAUUUGUCUGAGCGUAUCAGACUGCUAUUUCCGGUAAAGGUAGGGCAAUCAGCGGGAGUUGUUGAUUCGAUAUAUGGACGUAUUUAUAAGUUUAUCUAUUCCGGAGGCUUCUAAACUGCAAGCAACACCAUAAUGACCAGCGAAUUCCAAGCCCUUGAACUAACAUCGGAAGAACGAUUUCAACUGGCUGAGCUUACAAGCCUUCAGUUUGGACAUUUAGAUGAAGACUCUUUGAUCAAGAAAAAACCUUUGAUGGAAAAGGCUAUUAGCUACUAUGAGAACUUACUGAGCAUUGGUCAGUAUUUAUCAAAUCUUGACACAAAAGAAAAAGAGAAGGAAAAUGAACCAAAUGCUGGCAACAUAAGCCGGGAAAGAGAGAAAAAAGAUGAGAGAAUGGAAGUUGAUAAAGAUCAGAAAGAAAGUGAAAAUGGAAAAUCUGCUAAAGAUGGCAGAGAAUGCAAAGAUACAAAGGACCUUAAAGAAAGUCUUGACAAGAUAAAGAAGCGAAAACCAUUAGACAGUUGGGUGUACUGCCGUUUGGGCCAUCUUCACCUGCUGCUUGAACAUUAUGCUAGAGCUUUGUCAGCAUACCAAAAGUUCUAUAUCACAGAAAAAAAUCAUUGGAAAGAUUUGUCUUUCUUGUAUGGACUUGGUUUAGUUUACUUUCACUACAACUGUUACCAAUGGUCCAUCCAACUCUUCCAGCAGUUGCUGUACCAAGACCGUCUGUUCCAGUGCUCCAAUGAGGUGCAUGCCCGCCUGGGAUUGAUGUUUAAGAUCCUGAAGAAUUUUGAUGCCAGUCUCAAGCAUUUCAAGUUGUGUCUUGCAGACAGCAGUGACUGUUCACUGAGCCCAGACGAAACUCAUCUCAACAUCGCUCAUCUUUUUGAGGUGCAGGGCAAGAUUAAGGUCGCUAAGGAAGCCUACGAGAAGUUUCUUGUGCGAGACAACCUGCCAGCUGCGCUGAAGGCCGUGGCCUUGCGUCAACUAGGUUGGCUGUACCACAACAGUGCAAAGGUCAAAGGGAAGGGUGAGCACGAGCAGCGAGCCAUUCACUGUCUGACCAAGUCAGUGGAGCUCGACACCAACAACGGCCAGACAUGGUACAUGCUAGGCAGGUGCUACUCUAGUCAAGGCAAAGUACACGAUGCCUUUGUAUCAUACCGUCAGUCUAUUGACAAGUCUGAGGCUAAUGCUGAUACCUGGUGCUCCAUAGGAGUGCUGUAUCAGCAGCAGAAUCAGCCUAUGGAUGCGCUGCAGGCCUACAUCUGCGCUGUGCAGCUGGACAAGAGCCACACAGCCGCAUGGACUGACCUGGCUAUCCUGUACGAGUCCUGUGACCAGCCCAGUGAUGCCUUGGCCUGCUACCUCCAUGCUACACAUAACAAGGACGAUGUGAAUGCCAAUGUAGCAGCCAAGAUCAAGUUCCUUCAGCAGAACCUCAACAACAUCCCCAUGCAGAACCUUCACAACAAGCCAAGAACACUACCCAGCAUAGAAGAGGCCUGGCGUCUGCCCAUUCCUGCUGAACUUACAUCACGGCAAAACACAAGUGCUCCAGCACAGAAUGGCAGCAGCAGUAGCAGUAUCUCAGUGCCAGGGUCUAUCGGGCAGUCAGGGACAGGCUCACUCUUCACAGAGACUUCUCCCUCAGAGCCAAAGAAGAAAAUUCGCAAACGAGCAUCUGGUAAAGAAUCGACAGAGGUGUUGACACUGCCACCCCAGCAGGCACCAGCACCUCAGUCCCUGACACCUCAGCAAAUGCAACUUCUCCAAUACUUGCUGUCCAACAAAGCAAACCUCAACCAGCAGCAACAGCAGUUGCUGCGCCAGUUGCAGCAGCAGUUUGCAGUGUAUCAGCAACACACACAGAGACAGCAACAGCAGCAGCAGGGAGGAAGUCUGCCAUCUGCACCACAUUCUCAGUCUUCAGUUACUUCUGUUAACCAAGGUAUCGGCCACUCAUCAGACGUACCUGCAGUCAGAGGACAACCUGCACCGCACUCACAAGCCAGCAGUGUGAGUGGCACCUACCCCCACCACAUUCCACCAGCCACCACCACCACUGCCUCAGCUGCCAGUUAUUACCCCCCUCCUCCAGCCUACUCAGGUAGCAAUACAUCAUCAGCACUGGGAGGUAGUGAGGCUGCAGUGAAGCGUCCGUUUGUGGGUGGUGAUGAACUGAGUGCCUACCUGGCACAGCAUGAGGCUUACCUGGCUGAGGACAUGCGCAGCCACAUGCGCAGUCAGCUAUGUACAUGGGGGGCUGCAUGCAUGGGCCGAACAGCCACUGGUCAGCAGUGCAGUGGCGCCACUCCUAUGAAGGUACCUAAACUUACUGUAGGUCAGGGAACACCCUCUUCCACUGCCUCUUCUUCAUUACAUUCCUCUUCCUCUGUUGCCUUGGCAACAGCUCAUGGAACAUCUCAGGUUUUGCCCUCUGCAAUGGCUCACCAUGCCAAAAGUGGCAGCACCUCAUCGUCAUCAAGUGUGGGCAUUGGUGGCAGCAAAUCUAUGACUUUGUCCUCUGUGUGGCCAGAUUCUGGCCCUACUCCUGUGUACACUGUGGCUAAAACACGAGAGUGCGGCCUUGUCUUGAAGCGCAGUCACAUACCCCCUGUCUCUGAUUCAUCAUCAUCUUCAUCCUCAACACCCACAACCACUGGCCCUGUGGCAUCCACUUCAACCUCAACUACAUCUGCAGGUCCCUUGGACUGUGAGCUUGCUCACGAAUGCAGCAGCAAACACCAAGAGGCCAAGGCAAAGCGACCAAGAGAACUCAGCAUCAAAAUGAUGGCCCAGGAGAUUCUGGAUGCAUCAAAAGGACUUGGUCUUCUGCACAAAAAUACCAUCAGCAUGUUGGGGGAUAACCUUCCACCACCUUUUCCUCCAAGUCCACCACAUCCACCCUUAUCUAAAGAUAGCCUCAAUCCCCCUACUCCCAGUGUUUAUCUGGAGAGCAAGAAAGAUGCAUUUUCUGCUGAACUUCAGCAGUUCUGCCACUCGCAGCCUGUUGUUGUUAUUCGGGGCAUGGCCGCAGCUCUCAAGCUAGACCUUGGCCUCUUUUCUACAAAAACUUUGGUGGAGGCCAACCCUGAUCAUGAAGUGGAGGUCAGGACACAGAAACAGCAGGCACCAGACGAAAACCUUGACAACAAUGGCCGUCCACAGUGGCCAUGUUUUAGUAGUCGUGGAAAAAGUUCCGUUACCAGAUAUGCUCAGUAUCAAGCCACAUCUUUUCAAGAGAGUCUUAAGGAGGAACAGGAGAAAGCCAGGGGCAAUCAGAAGCCUGAGAAAGAGUCUGACAGCGAUUCCAAUUCCUCUAACACUUCAAAAAGAAAGAAGCCCAAGAUGAUCAGGUUUGGCACAAAUGUGGAUUUGUCAGACAACGAUCGGUGGAAGAACCAACUGGCAGAACUGACUAAACUCCCAGCAUUCACUCGCGUAGUGUCAGGCAGCAACAUGCUAAGUCAUGUGGGCCACAAGAUCCUGGGCAUGAACACUGUGCAGCUGUACAUGAAAGUGCCAGGCUCUCGCACGCCAGGUCAUCAGGAGAACAACAACUUUUGCUCUGUCAACAUCAACAUCGGACCAGGGGAUUGCGAGUGGUUUGCUGUGCCUGAUGCUUACUGGGGAAUCAUUGAUAAUCUGUGCGAAAAGAAUGGUGUUGACUAUUUGACUGGUUCUUGGUGGCCGGUGCUGGAGGACUUGUAUGAACACAACGUGCCAGUGUAUCGUUUCAUCCAAAAGCCAGGUGACCUGGUGUGGAUCGGUGCUGGCACAGUUCACUGGGUGCAGGCUAUUGGCUGGUGCAAUAACAUAGCCUGGAAUGUGGGGCCCUUGACUUACAACCAGUACAAGCUAGCCAUUGAACGUUAUGAGUGGAACAAGCUCAAGGUGUACAAAUCUAUUGUUCCUAUGGUGCACUUGUCUUGGAACAUUGCCAGAAAUAUACGCAUCAGUGACUCAAUGUUGUAUGAUCAGAUCAAGUUUGUUCUGAUGAGAUCAUUACGUCAGAUCCGCAUGACCCUUGACCUUGUGGAGGAUCUAGGAAAGGAGAUCAAGUUUCAGGGUCGUGUGGAGAAUGAAGAUGCAUACUACUGUGAAGACUGUGAGAUGGAAACCUUCUGCUUGAUGUUUCUGAAGAGAAAAGAUGAACAGUUUUUGGUAUUUUGUCAAAACUGCGCCUUGAAGAUGUCCGGCAAGCUUGACAAUUUUAUUGUAUUGAUGCAGUACAAGUUGUCAGAGCUGAUUGAUCUCUAUGAUAACUUCAUUAUGUACCAGCCUCAACCUCACAGUUACCUCCUCAGUUCAUGAUGUCAAUCUGUCAAGCAUGCCUUUGUGACACGGGACCACUGGAGGUGGUCUCCCCUGUCAGCUGACCAGCUGACCUUUGCAAAGUGAAGGGAUAUCAGCAUUUACAGCAGACAUGGAGGAGCACAUCCUUUACCCUGAUCAUGCUCAUUCUCACAGCCUGGACACUUGUUUGCUUUUCAUUUGUGCAGUUAGUACACUGGAGUUAUUUACACAGACUGUCAAAAGUCAAAAGUCGGUGAAGAUAUUGUUAGACUUGGUGUGAUAUUUUGGUCAGCGCCUUCAUAUGGCAGACAAACACAGCAUUCACUGCAAAAACAUUUGUUUGCUACUCUGAAGAACUGUGCCUGUAGACUUUAACCUUAAUUAUUUGAUUUGAGAAUAUUUCUGUGGUCUCAGAUCAGGGCAAAGUUCCAAUCAAACUUCAUUCCAAUGUGAUAUUGCGAGUCAUCAGCACAUAUAUAAUAUAAGUGUGAUAUGCGACUUAUUCCAUCAGCAUAUAUCUGUUAAAACUAUGGCAGCUUCUACCUCCACCAGCUGAAGAGAUGCUCACUUGUUUUACCACCAGCAGAAAGUGGACCGUUUCUGCAUUUGUGUCUUAAAUGGUCAGCUUCCAAUGUCAUCAGGAACAAACUGCUUAAUUUUAUCUUCAGUAUUUUCAUCUGUUGCCUUCACCAACAUUUACAGUUUCCAUCAGGUGAAGAAUGUGGCUUACGGUACCCAAAGAUUCAACUGUACACCUUGGCGUCAGCUCAAUGCCUUGAGUCACCUUGCCAGCAGAAUAAUAAGCCAAACUCUGCCUUACAUCGAUGCAGCCACCGAAUUAACAUCAGCACUGAAGAAGAAAUGGCAUCAUCCAGUCGCUGUAUUAUUUAUUGUCAUUCAUGUCGACAAGUUUGUCACUGUGAACCUCACAAGCUACAGCAUCAUGCUUAACGAUGUGCAGCAACGCAUGGCCAGUACUGGCGCAUCUAUGCAACGGGACAUAACUGCCAAUAUCAUCGCAUUUUAAAAAAAUUUUUGGAUUUUAUUUUGUGCCGCUGUUGGCCAGUGAAGAUCGUAAACAUCAUGAACAUUAUCACAUACCAUUGUAAUGAAUGUACCAGGGGUCAGGACGAAAUCAUGGAGUGUUUGAUUCUCUGCCUCAGAUUCUGAAUUUAGUGAAGAUAUUUAAAGCCACUUAGAUUAUUUUCAGUUUUAUCAAUGGUGAAAUGGCAGCAAUAAAAAGGGUUUUUUCUCCCCUCUUAUAUAGGGGGGAAAGAGAUUUACUCUGCAGACAAUUUCUUUUUUUCAAUACCCUGCUCGUGAGAAGAGAGGUGGAGAGAGUAAGUCAACUGAAAAUCAAGAGAUAUGAAACUAAAAGAAAAACCACACAAAAGACCAUGUUGAUUUUUUGUGCCUCUUUAUCUGAAAAGUGUUUGGAUCCAGGGUGUAGUGCAUGUAAUUUUCUCUUCUGUCUCAUGGCAGCCAUAAAAUUAACUUAUUGGAUAAUCACAACCAUUUCAUCCUUUACAUCAUAUCUUUAAAAAACUAUUAAUUCUUUUUCCUUCCCCCUUGCAGGUUUGCACUUGUAAGUUAAAUGGUAAUCUGUAUAUGCUUGACUUUGGAAAACAAAAUGUGCAUUUUCACUCUUCUUUUGUGGUACAGACUUGGUUUCAACUCUGACUGUGAUUUCAAAAGCAUGAUAUCAAUAAACUAAAAGUGUAUGUCAGGAAUCAGGUGACAGUGUGAUUAGAAUGGAAGGGGUUUUCAAGCAAACCAGAUGUAGUGGGUGGGGGGAGCCUGUCACCUUGGUGAAGAUAUGUGUAACAAAAGAAGGAUCAGAGUUCAGCGCAAAAUGGCUCAAGGCUCUAGUUUAGGUCUUUGAAAACCCACCUCAUUUAACAUCGAAACAAUUUAUGAUUGUAUGUUUCAUGUGAAAAUUUUCUAUUUAUAGACAGUAAUAAAGACUGAUGUAAAACAAUGUUUUCAAAUUAGUACAAUGUUUUUACAUUUUUGAUACUGAAUGUUGGACUGAACUGCUAAAGACACUUUUUUUCAGUGUCUUCACACUCACUGUUUUGUCACUGUGAAAGAUAGUCACCAAGGCAUGGCAUAAACCCACAAGAGUUUGUAUCUAGCCUUGCAGACUCAAAUAGAACUAUUUUCCUACAAGAAGAAAAGGAUUUAGUAGCUAGUUUGUGACAUUGAUGAUUGCCAGUUUGGUACUUUUUUUAUGGUGACACAAAUACUGGAAGUACCUGUGUGUGUUGCUCCUGACUGGAAAAGACAUCAUCAGAUAAUUGUCGCCAGAGUUUUAGCAGGUUCAUGGGUGUGUUUAGUCUUCAGUGGUUCAGAAGGUAAAUUUGUGAUCUGAUUUUGUAUCAACAAUAACUAAAAAUUACAGAGCACAUAAUCAUGCCUAUAUGAGGAUGCUGUGAGCACUUGACACAAAGCCUAGCUAGUUCUGUUAGAAGGAAUGGAAAGGGGGCAAAUGAGGCUGAUUUCAUCAAGUAUGCUAUGCCUAGGAGUAGUGCUCAUGGAAAAAGUAUUUAUAAUGCACAAUUAAAAUGUUACUCAUCUGUGUGGUGAGUUGCAUUUAUCUCUGUAGAUGUCAUCCAACUUUGUUGUCAACCUCAUUUGUAUUAAGACGUGUAAGAUUUCUACCAUAGUGUAUCGGGUCCAUGACCCAAUGCAGGUGCUAUGUUACUCUUGGUGCCCUGUGGUUCCGGCUGUGACAUGACAGAAAAUAGUUUAGGUUUUGGUUCCAAGGAGUCAGCAAACUGGUUAAAAUGAUAAUGUGAUAACAGAUGGUGAAAUGAUGCCUGUGAUGGGAGUAAUACUCAUGAGUUUGACAAUACUUGUGAGCUGUUAGGCUGUUCUCCUCAUGCACACAGCCCCAGGUCUUGUUCAUGAAGAUAAGCUAGCUGUAUGGAACAUAAGCUUGAGUCUUAAUCAUACAGACAUUGACAACUAGAGUACACAGAACAUAGAGCUUGGGUAAAGAAACGGAGAGCCUUGGUAUUGAUCAUAAAAAAAAGGAGGCAAGAGUUGGAAAUCAGGAAUGGACUUUAACAAUCUCACUUGGCAGAUGAAAGUCCUACAGGUGGAACUUGAUAAUCUUGCAUGAUGUCCCAAAGAUGGCUGAGAGUUGUUCCCUUCUACUGGCUGGAUGAAGAAAAAGUUUGUUGAAAUCUGUGGGCUUACAAUCUCCACAUUUUGGCCAGGCCAGGCUCGUUGCUGUGGACCUCUUCAUAUUUCGAAAGCCAUUAUGUUAAGGAUUUCUUGGCUGUCACCAUAGAGUAACUGGAAAGACAUUAUCUGUUGCUUGUCCAAACUGGAAAUAGAAAUUGUGGAAGUUUGUCAGUUUCUAUUUAUUUAUCCCAUCCCUUUUGUGGGACCCAGCAUUGAUUCUACAUCAAGAAAUUCCACGAAACUGAUCUCAGUAAAACUGCUUUUCACUUGCUUCACGUGUCAUCGUUUGUAUUUCGUGUACCUGUAAUAGGUUACUAUAUAAAGCUGUGGACUGUUAAUUGAAUCAAGCAAUCUUGCUGUCAUCAUGUUGUAAUUAUUAUAAUCAUGUGAACAGAGACAUCACCUAUGCUGAUUAUCUCAUUUUUCCAUAUUCGGGACGUUUCAUGAUUAGAAUAUUUCAGCAUAAAAAUUGUCUAGAUAACUUGAACUUAUGAUAAAUAAUCAUUCAGCAAGGAGGAAGGACAUUGACAUAGCGCACAGUGAUAAUGCACACCAAACAAGGUUGUGGUGGAAGCAGAAAAUGGUAGGUUGCUUUUGACAGCACACCGAUGGAGUCUGUCUUCAUAGCUUGCCUCUGUUCACAAAAUGUUUUUUUUUUUUCCAGUGGGGAGGGAGUAUUUGCUUUUCUUCCCCACUACUGAUUACAUAACUUGAAUGUUUGUGUCUCUACUCUCUGAUAACUGAUCUUGUGCUGUUUGUUAUUGGAUGCAUAUUUUUGUUCCCAUGUUUACUGACUCGUGUAUAUAUGUAUAUAUAACGUGUAUAUAUGUGCAGUCUACUCUGUACCAAAGUGUUCUGUCAUAGUGUGUGGAGUGUGUAGCAUACCACUGUAGUUGGAAGAGCCGAGUUUUAUGAAAGAAAACAUUUAGAGAGUGAUUAGCGUGUGUGUGGAGCAAGAGAAAGUUUAAAUGUUCCGAGAGGAAGGUGGAUGAAUUGAAGAGGUUUUCAGAUGAAAAAAAGGUACUUCCUUCAUGGCUGCAGUAAUAAUAAAGUAUAUUUUAUAUUGUUUUGCGUAAAAGUCCUGAAGAACAUAGCAUCUUCUGGUGAUGUCAGAUGUCCACAGAGAACAGAUUUGUUACAAUGUUUGCAGUCAUGUGGGUAAAAAGUUUAUGUAUUUGUUAAGAACAUUACAUGUUUGUUGUGGCUGCAGUACUGUUUGUGAAUGGUAAAUUGGCUCCGUUGUAGUCACUAGGGCUGCAGAAGAGGGGUGCGUGUGUGGAAGUGUGCAGAAACAUACUAACUAGUUGGUAUCGCAGGAGAGGUUCCCUAGAAGUCCCCUGCUAAGAUUUUGUGGGUAUGAACAGAAGAGGCAGUGACGCGAUGUACAUAGAGCCAAGUCUGGACCUGGGUCAACAGCCCAUGGUUCCGUGAUGUGAGCUUGGCUUCCCAGGCAGUGAUGUGCUGUACAUAAUGCUUAGGUUUUGUGUGCACAGAAUAGAUCGAUCUUUCAUGUACCCUUGUAUUUUGUCUUCUUUUUUUUUCCCCCUUGUAUGCGAGUUAUUUCCUCAGAUCUACCUCUCUGCCAAUAAAAUUCAUCCUUCGGUUAUAUCACUUUUGUUUAGUUUCUUUGUGCCGUGAGUCUUGUAUGUACACAGAACCAGUACGUUUCACAGUCUGAUUUUUUUUUUUUUUUUUUGCUUGUGAGAAAGUGAUUUUUCUGUAAUGAUGCCUUAUUUUAUGUGUGUGUGUUUGCGUGGUUGAUUUUUUUUUUUUUAAACAGAGAGCAGGGGGAUUGAAUAAAAAUGAGGCUGUGUGGAGAAACCUGGCUCCAACAUUUUACUUACAAGAUGUAUCACACAAUUUUUUUAGUACAAAAGUUGAAGGAAUAUUAAGUUAAAACCUUGAUGUUUUCUGUUUUUCUCAAGGGGAUUGAAUGGGGAUUUUUUCUAUAACUUGAUUUGAGUAUUGUUUUACUCGAUGUUAAUGUUUUAUAAGUUUUGGUAAUGUAAGAUGGCAGGAUUGAAAUCUUGCUAAAAUCCCUGUAUUAUGCUCUCAGAUUUUUCAAGAAAAGAUUAUCUGACCCACAGUAGUGGAAGAGGUGAUAGGUGAUGGUAAAUAAUGAACCAAUUUAAACGAUUUUUGUAUGGUGGAUUGCCUGUAACCAAUAUUAUGGCAUGUUUUACUACCUGUGCCAUCAUUAUAUUGGCUCAGGUGAUACUUUUUUCCCCAAUGCCAUUAUUGCAUUCAGUCACAGUGGUUUUUGUUUGUUUUUUGUGGGUAGGGGGGGUCAACAUCAUCUCUAAAUCUUAUUAUUUUAUGUGGUUAGGUUGUCGCCCUGACGAGAUGUCCAUUCUGUUGUGGCCAAUAAAAAUUUAUCUUUCUCAGAACAAA